AUGGAUGCCCAAGCUAUCGUGCCACGGCCGCAAGAAUCAGAUCCGUUGACCCAGGUACCGCCGGAAGUGCAGGAUGAUGAGUCUUCAAGUGAGACCAUCGAGGAACGAUGCUUCUCAGCCGCGCUUGUUUGCCUUGAGGGCCAUUUCACCCAAUCUCCUCCCAUGGGCCCUCUGACCUCGGUCAAGGUGGCCUCAAUGGUUUCCAAGACCUUGGAGAAGACACACACCUGCAGGAAAUCCAGGGAAGCGCUCUCUCGAAACGUCGCCAUCUGGAUAUGGCUGACUAGAAUAUUCGCGGCUGCCAUCCCUAGCUUGACCACUAGGUCUGUUGGGCCGCUUUCGAGUCUGAACGACCCAGAGAAGGGCGUGAGCCCUCAAGAGAGCACAGGACUUAUCGUCCUGAACCACGGCACGAUCAAAGAGGAUCUCACCACGUUGAUCAAAUUGAUGCACAUAGCACGUAAUCUGCUGGUCAACGCCGAACCCGAGGUCCCCCAAGAUAUCUGUGCUGCCGUACACUUUGAUCAGAUGGUAUAUCAGACUAUUAUUUUAUGCGUCAACGUUACUAGUAAAGGAUAUGACGGCGAGAUUUUGGAUGAAGCCCAGAGGAAUAAGCUCGCGGAAGUCACUGAGCACUACAAGAAGCUCCUCGUCACCUCGUUGCAACAGGCUCACAACUGGACAGCCAAGCACGACAGGAACAAGAUGUCAUUUUGGUUUGACGUUCUAUUUGACGACGAUGGAGUUUACCCAGGUUCUGACGAGGGCGAUGGGUCCGGAUUCCGCCCUGAUGUGGCAAAGCAGCAGACCCAGCAUUGGCUUGAUCGCAACUCCAAAAUGUGUCCCACGGCAAGGAGGCUGUUGAAAGACUACGCCACGAAUCAUGCGGAUAAACCUCCAGGAAACCUCGCCCCCAUCCGACCCUUGGCAUGGAAUUGGCUUCCUGACGAGAUGGUCCCGGAGGACAUUGACACAGUGGGUAUGCCGGAAGAAAAGAUCAGCCCGGUAUGGAACCCAGAUGAGUCCGACAAGUAUGAGCAAGACAAGGUCUACGGCAGAGUUUCGAGAGAGAUUGAUACAUGGUGGCUGCGGGCGCGUGACCCUAAUUACGAUCAGUACAUUGUCGGAAUGCCCACCACCGAAGUCGCGAAAUCACGUCUCGAUCAUUGCAAGCAAAACAUCGUACACCGAUAUGCUCACUCCUACCAAGGCGAACAUUCUCCUCCUUCGGUGGUGGCAGAGGCCGAUUAUUCAGAUACUGAACACUGCCCGGAGUGUCACGAGUGUCACCAUCAUGAAGAUGAGGACCAUGAUGACUCGCACCAUCACAGCCAUGACCAUGACCACGACCAUGAACAUGAUCACGACCACGACCACGGGCAUGAAAGCGACGAGCAUGAUCUGGACUGCCCGCAUCACCACCAUCACCAUCACCAUCAUCACGACCAUGACUACCCACAUGAUUACGUGGAUGACAUGAUCGAUGAUGAGGAUGCAGAUGAUGAUGAGUCCUAUGGGGACGGCCCGUUGACUGGUCUUUUGACUGAGAUUCCUAAUAUUUUGGACCCCAAGCAAAUCGAAGCGCUGCACAUGAUUGUCAAAUCCUGCAUCCUAGAUAAUGCGGGCUGCGGCCUUACCAGGGCCGGAGAAAAUCUGCAAAAGACUCGCUGUCGGAUGUUCCUCGCCUUGGAUUGUGGGAAGAGCUUGCUUCGUGAGAUGCUCGUGUUCAUCGCUGUCUGGGAAAAGGAUGAGCAAUCCCUCAUCUUCCAGGUGACGACGCAGAUUGUGGAGGCGAUUCACCACAGUGCGCUGAUCCCCUAUGCGUGGAACGGCCUCAGAAUCCCCAAGGACAUCAUUUCUCCUGCCCAGACGGUUCUGCUACGACUGGUCAACCACAUGUUCCGAGCACGAGCAAACGCAACCGUGCCUCAAGGUCAAAAGUCUGAAGAAUCAAAGGACAUCAAGCUGAUGCACUUUUUCUUCGGCAUUUUCCGCACUCGAAUUGUGCCUGAGUGUGCUGCGCUGAUGCAUCUCCAAGCACAAAUUCGAGAGGGGCAUUGCGAUCCCGCAGAGUUCCCAGUGGACACGUGGGAUAUGGAGAGAGCGAGAGACGGAUUGGCGCAGUACCUUGAUUUCCUGACUACCGUUGCCGAGUCGCAGGACACCCGAAAUGAGCUGAUCGACUGGGAAGCGGUCUAUGACCUUUUGGUGAUUCUUAACGGGCUGGAAGCCGCUGUGCUGAAGAAACCGCUCGUUGAGCUCCCAAAGAGAACACCACAAGGGCAGAAUGGAAAUAGCAAGAACAAGGGCAAUGUUGGUGAUAGCAAUCCGAUGGUUGAACGGCCAUACGCUACAGGCAGCGACAGUCGGUCCCCGUCACCGCCCCCGCCACCUCUGCAGGAACCUGCACACAAAUUCCCUUGGGCUGGUAUCAAGGGACAACUGUUUACAAUUCUUGCUACUUUGCUUCAGCCCCCGGCGGGCCAGAGCAGCCCCGGCAACGCAAAGGUCCAGCUCCAGGUUGUUCAGUGGAAUGGCAUCGUGCCUUUAUUGAAUUGCUGCGCCUACGACGACCACAAUCCGUUUGCCAAGGAGCGAGUUACUAUCUGUCUCAAGUGGCUCUUGGAUGGCUGCGAGACCGCCAAUGCGUUCUUCCGCGAGCUCGUCAGUCUUGCGCCGCAGCCUAAUCUGAAGCCCCCGCCUGGCGGCACGACUGUGUCUACGAUCCGAGUGGACGGCAUCUUGGGUGAGGUCAAGGUUCAAGUCCGCUCCAAUUCCAAGGGCGAGCCUAUUCUGGAACGUGAGGCGGCGCAGGAGGCCGACGACCUUCUCAAGAGGACCGCUGAGCUUACUUUGAACAAUGCGGGUAAUCGUGCUAAUAUCGAGGAAGACUUCAUGGCCUAA